AUGGAUCGAUAUUACAAACAAGACACUUCUGCUUCUGCUCUUGACGUUGGAGGACCAGUAGCUUUACAAGGUAUUACCGAGUCGCAUCACAAGGGUGUUCAAUUGAGUCCAACUAUCGAAGAAUACAGCUUCGGUCUACCUUCGGAUCAACCGAUUCAGUCAACUGUUUCAAUUGAGCGGAACGAAUUCCUAGAGAUCCUCUAUUCCUGCGAACCGGCUAUUGAGAAAAACACACUUGGCCAAACUGUGGACCAUGGAAUGCGCUCCAUAGCUCCUAUUCUCCGCGAAGCAGCCAUUCCUCCUGCUGUGAAGAUGAUUUGUCCUUGGUAUGGCGGGCCUAGCGUGGAGGUCACUUUCAAAUCGAUGUGUCCUUGA